CAUGUCUACAGUGAACAUCUCUUAUGUACGACCCAAAGAAUUUAUUCUAAUUGGAUUUCCAGGAAUGGAGAACUACCAGAUUUGGAUUUCUAUUCCAUUUUGUGCCAUGUAUGUUUUAGCUCUUGUAGCAAAUGUCUUGAUCAUUUUUCUUGUGAAGGUUAAUCACAACCUACAUAAUCCUAUGUAUGUUUUACUAGCAGCCUUGUCACUUGUGGAUCUUGCUAUGUGCAGUUUAGCCUUACCUAAGAUUUUACAGAUGUUUUGGUUUAAUGACAGGACUAUUGCUUUUGAAGCUUGCUUUAUUCAGAUGUUCUGUGUUCACUUCUUUUCAGCACUAGAAUCUUCAAUACUCGCUAUUAUGGCUUAUGACAGAUAUGUUGCUUUAUACAAUCCCUUGCGUUAUAUGUCAAUAUUAUCAUACAGAUUUUUAGCUCAAGUGUUUAUAUGUCUUCUUCUGAGAGAUCUUAUCCUAAUGGGCUUAGUGCCAGUCUUUGCCUCCAGAUUGCCUUUCUGUUCAUCAAAUGUCAUACAACAUUGUUACUGCGAUCAUAUGGGUGUUGCAAAAUUAGCGUGUACUGAUAUAUCUAUGAAUAGUGCUCUAGGUCUUUUUGCAAUAUCUUCUAUAUUUGGAUUGGAUGUCAUAUUUAUUAUAUUUAGUUAUGUAUUAAUUAUGAGAACUGUUGUAAAGAUUGGCUCAAAAGAUGCAUUUCGCAAAGCAGUGAACACCUGCAGUUCUCAUUUGUUUGUAAUUUUGUAUUUUUAUACAACUUUACUCUUUAGUCUUCUAGUUUAUCGAACUGGCAUGAAGGUUCAGCCUCAAAUUCAUGUUAUGUUUGCUAUUUUAUACCUUCUUGUGCCACCAGUCUUGAAUCCACUUAUUUACGCCAUUAGAACCAAGGAAAUCCGUCAUGCACUUCUAAAAAUUAUUUUGAAUAAAAAAAUUAUCCCAGUGAACAGCCAGCAACGUGUUAAAAUAUGUAUUUGAUAAAUAAAGCUGACUUUUUAAUUUUUGCUGUCCCCACCUUAAUUAGAAAAGGCAUAGUCUCCCUGUGACUCUGUGAUGAAAAAUUCAAUUCAGUACAUUAAAGAUGAAAUCAACUUUUAAAUUUAAGUUAGAUGAUUCUUUUGCUAUUCAUUUAUAUUCCUUUUUCUUCCUUGCUUAUCAUACUGCAGGUCAGUGAGAGUUUAUUCUAAUGGAUUUCAGGUUGGAAGUGGCUCAAGACAGAACACCAAUCCAUACUUAUAUUUUUUAACAUUAAAAUGUGGUUAUUAUGAAGAAAUAUCAACCUGACUACAAAACUGUUGGGAUGUUGAGUGUAGUAACAGUUCCUGAAAAAUUAAUGCAUUGAUAUUUUAAAUUCGAAAUAUGCUUUCUGUUCUGGUCUAAAAUGAAAAAUCAGCCAUCUACUGCAAAGUUACAGGAAUUUAUACAAUUAUGAAAUGCUGACAGGCAUAUCACAUAUCCAUCCAUUCAUCCAUUAUCCAAUCCGCUAUAUCCUAACUACAGGGUCACGGGGGUCUGCUGGAGCCAAACCCAUCCAACAAAGGGCGCAAGGCAGGAAAGAAACCCUGGG